AUGCUGCCCAGCGAUCGUCUUGCCUUCGCGGCUCCUUCAUCUUAUUUUUCUUCUCUGACUCUAAACGUAUCACUUCAGCCUUGCGCUGUGGCUCGCCCCUUGGUUCAACCUGUGCAGGACCCAAGAAGUGAUCUCAAGUGAGGUCAAAAAGCCAAGCAGUAGGCCUUCGUCAGGGCUUGCACGCUUGCAUCAUUGUCGUCCCGUAUUAGGCUUAAUGCUUGUGUAG